GGGUGUCUCUGUAUAUUUUUUCUAAAGACUUGAAACCGCGAAGUCUGAUAAGUAGGUAGAUCCGAUGGUUCAGCAGAACAGCCCAAUGCCAUUGCAAUGGCGACAUGAGCGCUUAUCCAGAUCAAGCUUAGGCGAGGAAAUUUGAGCAGCUAGGUACAUUAGAUUUGAGCGUCCUCGUCUAAUGGCGCCCCCCUUGGGUGCCUCUUCCUUUUGGCGUGCUCUGAUCCCCAGCCAGAAGCUGAUGGCGGGGAUCGUGAUCGGGUGGGUCACGAUGUUCCUGGUGGGCGCCCACCUCAGCGAUGGGCUGACGUCAGGACGCGAGCAGCUGGGCCGCACGAGGACGUUUGAGGAGGCCACCACCAGGGGCCUAGGGCAGCUGCAGAAAGAAGGGGGAGGGGGCCAGCAGGGCCGCAAACUGAGGAGCGGGGAGACGGGCGGAGCGGGGGCGCAGGUGGAGGACCCGUGGGCCCCGGAACGGCGCGAGACGGAACGGCUGCUGUGGAAUGCCACCAUCCUGGUGGGCAUGGCGGCCUUCAGGGACCCCGAGUGCCAGGACUCUGUGUGGUUGGCCCUGGCCAAUGCUGCCAACAUCGACCGGGUCUCUAUCGCAGUCUACCAGCAGAAUGCGCCAGACGACCCCGACUGCUUGCAGUGGGCCAAGCUCAUGUGUCCCCCCCAGGAUGCUGUUGCCAUUGGCAAAACCCCCGAGGAGGAGCGCCGGCGGCGGCCCAGCUUUGCGGCGGGCCCUGCAGACCUGACGCGCGUGUGCGCUGCGCUGCCGCGGGUGCGCGUGCAGCGAGUGGACGCGUUCAAGGACGGCCAGGGGCCCACCGUGGGGCGCUACCACAUGCAGCAGAUGCUCCAGGACGAGGACUUCUUCUUCCAGGUGGACAGUCACAGCCACUUCAUCUACGGCUGGGACGUGGAGAUCAUGCGCAACUGGCGCCUCACAGGCAACCCGAACGCUGUCAUCACUACUUACCCCGUGCCGCACGACCGCAUCCCUGGCUGGCUCAAGCACCCCCCGAUCCCGCGGCCCCCGUCCAGCCUGCCGUACCCCCGGGUGGUGGUGGACUCUGUGACCGGGUUUGAGUACCUGCGGGUGAAGCGCGAGCUGCCCAGCGUGCCCGGCUUCGAGCUGGAGUACCUGCCCAGCAUGGUGCCCAUCAUCUGCCACGUGUCCUUCACCAACAUGGCAGGGAACAUGCCGCGGAUGGAGGCUGCGGGGUACUUGCGCAUCCAGCAGGGGCAGCCCAUCCGCACGCCCUUCUGGGCGGCGGGCCUGGCCUUCUCCACCGCGGCCGCGGUGCGCGAGGUGCCGUACGACCGCUACACGCCGUACCUCUUCGACGGGGAGGAGAUCUCGACGGCGGCGCGGCUGUGGACGCACGGCUACGACUUCUACGCGCCCAUCACGGACACCGUCUUCCACGUCUACGAGUCCGCGUACAAGCGCAACAAGUACUGGGAGAUUGACUGGCAGGAGCGCUCCGCCAUCCAGAUGCGCAGCUCGCGGCGCGUGGCCCACAUUCUGGGCUUCAACGUCAGCAACGACUUUGACGACACCGAGCUGGACAGAUACAGCCUGGGGACCAACCGCUCCAUCCAGGAUUACUGGCGGUUCGCGAGCAUCAACAUGACGGCGCUCACAAGCGAGAACCUGUGCCUGGAGCUGGAGAGAGGCCUCUUCCCGGAGGAGCAGCAGCGGCCGCGCGGCUACCAGGACUACCAGAGCAUCCCGUCGCACCCACGGCCGCCGCCAGCGGAGGAGCCCGGGGUGACGCGCCGCAGGCUGCAGCAAGAGGAGGGGCAACGGAGAAGCGGCAGCAGACACGAGCACGAGGGAGGCGGGAGUGGAGCGGAGAUAAAAGGCGAAGCGAACCUGUUUGGGAAGUCGCCUCCGGUGUUGAGGCGACACGUGCUCUCAGCAGAGGCAGCUUAAAUAGGGUUCUGUGUUGAGAAGUCCGUAGUAUAGCGGCAUAGAAAGGUUCAACCAACUCGAUGUGUUGAUUGCACAUUACCCGCUGAAGACGGAGGAUUGGUAUUCUAUGAAGUCCUUCCCGCGACCGCCGCAUAUGAAAAUAUGAAGUGUCCUCGAACUCGUAUUUUGGGAAGGAAGCUUGUACGGGCAAUUGCACCAUUGCCAACAGGCAAUUGCAAACUCUCAAAACCUGUGCUCAGUCGUACAACAGCUCGCAAUUCUGACCGUGCAGCCCUGUUGAAAUCAGGGCCAGGCAUCAAAGUGGGCGGAUCUGGAAGGAAACGCAUGAAAUCUGAUUCAAAACCUC